CACUUUGCUUUGCAACAAGUAACAUAUCCUUCGUGCCUAUAUUUGAGUGAUCAAAAAUACAAAAUGUCGCGAUCAUUUCUAGUGGAUUCGUUGAUCGGUGAUAAAUCAACACCAGUGAAAAGCAACUCGUUCGAUUAUAGCCAGUUCACUCAGUUACCAGUGACUCCGCCGGCCACUUUACCAUACUCGGCGUGCUACGUUGGAAGCUAUCUAUUCUCACUCGGAUUACAACAACAACAUGCUGCUGCCCAACAACAGCUACAUCUGCCGUACCAACACCAUCUACCUCAACCUCAUAACUUUUCGUUGGAUCUGUCGCCAAAAUUAUAUCAACCGACCGAUGUCCAACCGCCGAGGCUAUCGCCCAAAGAGGAAUACUACCGCAAACUCUAUCGCUGCGAGAAAACACCAGAUCGGUUCUCGCCGUACCCAGCAGCAUCCCCAAUCAACAACACCGCCAAGCAGCCCAUCAUCAAGUCUUCAACGCCGUCGCCAACCCCCGCGGAUGGCCUCGCGUUCGCGAUCGACGAUGAGCUUUCUAGCAAGAGGAUUCGCACUGCCUUCACUAGCACCCAGCUUCUGGAACUAGAGCGCGAGUUCUCGUCCAACAUGUACCUCACCAGACUGCGCCGGAUCGAAAUUGCCACCCGUCUCCGCUUGUCCGAAAAGCAAGUGAAAAUCUGGUUCCAAAACCGUCGGGUAAAGCGAAAGAAGGGUGAUGCUCCAAUCUGCCCGAGUGCCACUUCGUCCAUCUCUGCGUCACCAUGCCGAUCCCAGUCGCACAAUCAACAAAAGUGCUGUUGUCAAAGUUCAACAUGUGGAGGAAUUGGAUCCGAUAGUGAGGACGUGAACGUUGACGGCAAUUGCCAUCAGGAUAUUGACCGGAAACCCUCGGUUGAACAAGUGCAGUUGCUUCAACAACAUGCCUGGGAUUUCAGUAAAGGAUUCCAUUGAAUUGGAACUCGUGAUGGGUCAGGGGGCAAAAUCCAGUGAUUUGUAAAAAUUGUAGAAUCAAAAGUAGAUGUACAUAAAUAGAACUUAAUCGUGUUGAUUUCUUUAACAAUUUAAAAAUAGAUAUAAUAGCAAGUUAUCAACAUUUUAUAUAUCGACUUCAAUGAAUACUAAAAAUAAAUCUCAAUUUUAUUAUUAU